AUGGCUGCCACUAGUAGUCCACCCGAAACAGACAAAGAGCCAAAUUGGUUUAGUCGAAUGUUUUCUUCGAACAGUUCAACAUCACAAGGAUCUUCUUCAACAAAUCGUGUUACGUCGAUUAUAAAUCCUAGUUUUGAAUCGUUUGGUGAUAUAUUAAGGUUCAGAAGAUCAGCUGACUACCACCCUAGACAGCAGCAAGCUACUAUGGAUGAAUCAUUAGUUGAUAUUGCAAUUAAUGCUGAAUCAGAUAUAUCAUCUUUAGCAGAUAAAUCAAAAGGAACCAUUGAUUUUUUUCAUACACCAUCUGGUGCUAUAACAACAACUCAAGGAAGUCACUAUGCAGACUGGUCAACAAUCGAUUGGUUAAGCGAUCAAGCACGAGAUCGAUUGCGACAUCAAGUUAUUACUGAACAAAAACACGAUUCCAUGUGGAAGCGUUUUGUUGCUUUUCAUGAUGCACUUUCUGGAUGGCUUUGUGUACUUCUCGUCGGUAUUAAUAUUGGCAUUAUUGCAGCCAUUGUCGAUAUAGGGGCUGUAUGGUUAACAAAUAUAAAAAUUGGCGUUUGCCUACCCGCUUUUUAUCUGUCACAAGAACAAUGUUGUUGGACAGCAUCGAAUCAAACUUAUGAUCAAUAUCAACAUGUUCAUUGUGCUCAUUGGCAUGGAUGGUCCAGUCUUUUUCAUGUUACUAGUGAUACUGCAGCAGAGUAUGUUGUGAACUAUAUUGCAUAUAUUGUGACCGGUGUAUUUUUUGCAACAAUAUGUGCUAUACUUGUUAGAACAUUUGCUCCGUAUGCAUGUGGUAGUGGUGUACCAGAAGUCAAAACUAUUCUUUCUGGUUUUAUUAUUCGUGGAUAUUUUGGUGCAUGGACACUUUUGAUCAAAAGUAUUGGUAUGAUAUUAGCAACAAGCGCCAAUUUACUACUUGGAAAAGAGGGUCCGUUUGUUCAUUGCAGUUCUUGUUGUGGAAAUAUUUUUGCUCGACUUUUUCCUAAAUAUGGACAAAAUGAAGCGAAAAAACGAGAAAUUCUUUCUGCAGCAGCAGCCGCUGGUGUUUCAGUUGCUUUCGGUGCACCAAUUGGUGGAGUAUUGUUUAGUUUAGAGGAAGUAUCCUAUUAUUUUUCAUUAAAAACUCUAUGGCGUUCAUUUUUUUGUGCAAUGAUUGCUUCGUUAAUAGUUAAAAUUUUAUCUCCAUUUGAAAAUCAACAUCUUGGUCUAUUUUACGUUGGAAAUAGAUAUCGUUGGUUCUAUUUUGAAAUGAUUCCAUUCAUUAUACUCGGUAUUCUUGGUGGAUUAUUUGGUGCUUUAUUUAUUAAACUGAAUCUUGCUUGGUGUAAAAUAAGAAAAACAACACGUUUAGGACGUUAUCCUGUGCUUGAAGUAGUUAUGGUUGCUUUAGUUACAUUAAUUGUUUCAUAUCCAAAUCCAUAUACACGUAUGCCUAUGUCUACGUUGAUUCGUCGACUUAUUUCAUCGUGUGAACCCGAUGAUGAAAGUUUAUUGUGUGAUUAUCGACGAAAUAUUACAUCAGCUUAUGAAAAAAAUGAUAGUGCAAAACCAUUGAGCGGUGUUUGGAUAUCUAUGGGUUUACUUUUUUCGGCUUUAUUCACUCAAACGAUUCUUUUUAUUUUUACAUUUGGCAUUAAAGUGCCUUGUGGUCUAUUUAUUCCUUCCUUGACACUUGGUGCUAUUACAGGUCGUAUUGUUGGUAUCCUAGUUGAAACAUUUGUUUAUUAUCGGCCUAAUUUUUUCCUCUUCACAAUUGAAUGUAGUGCAACCGACGAACAAUGUGUUGUGCCUGGUUUUUAUGCUGUUGUUGGUGCGUGUGCUUUUCUUGGUGGUGUCACACGAAUGACAGUAUCACUCGUUGUAAUUAUGGUUGAACUCACUGGUGGUCUUUCGUAUUCUGUUCCAUUGAUGUGUGCAGCAUUGAUUUCAAAACUUGUAGGUGAUGCUUUAGUUGGUGAAGGCAUCUAUGAUGCACAUAUAAAACUCAAUAACUAUCCAUAUCUUGAUAUUAAAGCUGAAUUUAUUGAUCAAUCAACAGCUACUGAUUUAAUGGAAAACAAACAAGAUAAAAAUGAAUUAAUCAUGUUACCACGUGACGGUUUAACACUGAGUGAUUUAAUAACUAUACUGCGUACACAUAAAUAUAAUGGUUAUCCUGUUAUUGCUAGUAUAGAAGAAGCAUCAAUUAUUGGCUUUGUCUUACGACGUGAUCUUGAAUCAAUUAUUCAACAACGAACAUUAUCAAAUAUAGAAUCGAAUAUGAACACAUGUAUAUCGUUUUCGCGUACAACACAACAGCAAUUAAAUUCGAUACAUCUCUAUCGUUUAUUAAAUCGUUCGCCAACAACAAUAACAUUGGACACACCAACAACAACAAUUAUAGAUCUAUGUAGAAAACUUGGUGCACAAACUAUAUUGAUAACAAAUGAAAAAGGACAUUUAGUUGGUCUUUUAACCAAAAAAGAUAUUAUUGCUUAUGUUAAACAAAAAAAGCUUAAAUAA